AUGAGGACAGGUGCUCCAAGUAGCCGGAAUGGCGGAGGGGCUCGACUGAGCGCGUGCGGAAGCUGCCGGAGGUCUGGAAGACCUGGCCUGGCCUGCAGGAACGGGGGACCCAUGCUGGGUGUGGGAGGAGAGAACGCACUCCACGUGACCAACGACCACUCGAUAUCUUGCGUCUCCCACGCUGGAUCCCUGUGCCUUAUUCCAGCCCUGCUCCACACCCCUUAUUCCAGCCCUGCUCCCACACCCCUUAUUCCAGCCCUGCUCCACACCCCUUAUUCCAGCCCUGCUCCCCACCCCUUAUUCCAGCCCUGCUCCCCACCCCUUAUUCCAGCCCUACUCCACACCCCUUAUUCCAGCUCUGCUCCCCACCCCUUAUUCCAGCCCUGCUCCCCACCCCUUAUUCCAGCCCUGCUCCACACCCCUUAUUCCAGCCCUGCUCCACACCCCUUAUUCCAGCCCUGCUCCCCACCCCUUAUUCCAGCCCUGCUCCACACCCCUUAUUCCAGCCCUGCUCCCCACCCCUUAUUCCAGCCCUGCUCCCCACCCCUUAUUCCAGCCCUGCUCCCCACCCCUUAUUCCAGCUCUGCUCCCCACCCCUUAUUCCAGCUCUGCUCCCAGCCCUGCUCCACACCCCUUAUUCCAGCUCUGCUCCCCACCCCUUAUUCCAGCUCUGCUCCCCACCCCUUAUUCCAGCCCUGCUCCACACCCCUUAUUCCAGCCCUGCUCCACACCCCUUAUUCCAGCCCUGCUCCACACCCCUUAUUCCAGCUCUGCUCCACACCCCUUAUUCCAGCCCUGCUCCCCACCCCUUAUUCCAGCCCUGCUCCACACCCCUUAUUCCAGCCCUGCUCCACACCCCUUAUUCCAGCCCUGCUCCACACCCCUUAUUCCAGCUCUGCUCCCCACCCCUUAUUCCAGCCCUGCUCCCCACCCCUUAUUCCAGCCCUGCUCCACACCCCUUAUUCCAGCCCUGCUCCACACCCCUUAUUCCAGCUCUGCUCCCAGCCCUGCUCCACACCCCUUAUUCCAGCCCUGCUCCCCACCUCUUAUUCCAGCUCUGAGCUUUGCUCACCUGGGUCCUGAUUGGCUGGGGAAAAUAAGGGGUGCAGGGAUUGCAAGCAACAUUAAUCCCGCCCUAUUAGGACUGGCCUGUGCGUUUGAAUCUCAGCGUGGCUAUCUCCAGACAUACCGAGCUAGCUGAACAGAUUACAUGUUCUGGAGUGUGGUCUUUAUUUCAGCAUAAUGCCAUUACUGGUAUGCACUUAAAUAUUGACUUGAAGACAGAUUUAAGCUUGGGAGGAGACUCAAUCUAUCCGGAUGUAAUAAAGCAAAAUGGCAAUCUGAGUUCCUCUUUACCGCAUUCUUAUCUGCAGUUUUAUAUUGUGACAAAAUCACACAACAGAUUUAUAAAACAUUAAACAUAAUUGAAGGCUUAAAAUGCCCACAGUGAAGUCCGAAGUCAUUGAUAGUAUGAUCACAUUAUGUUCACCUCUUAAAUGAAUCGUGGCAGAAUGCAAGAUCCACCCCUCUCGUGUGAACCAGUCAGGAAGAUUAAGAGAUGUACAGUCCUAAACUUUAGUCUCUUCAUGCAGAAAUAAAUUUAACCAGUGAGUAGACAUCUUGCUGCAUAUGUACCCUAAACUGAGAUGGGGUUUUGUUUUGGUUUAUUUCAAGAUUUACAUCUUGCCGAUCGUGUUUUGAUCCUGUCUGCCGUUUUCUUAAAAAGUUUAAUUUAUAUGGCUCAUUGAGCUGGCACAUUUUUUUUUAUUUGCAUGACCCUGUGAUAAUUUUUGGGAAUAGUAUAUUUGGAUGCCUGUGUGCUACAUGGUGCCUGAGAAUUCCAGAUGCUUCCCAGCCAGACGCAGUCUGUUCGGUCUCUGCGCUGCUCUGAUAGAAGCUGAAUUUGGCGCACAGGUAAGAUGAGGGGCCUUGUGCUACGGUUGACUGGGGAGGGGGGGAAUAGAGUAGGCCUCUGUUCCCUUUCACAUCCCAUCGGGGGACAUGGGGUCCUUUUGAGCAUUUCCCUCCAAUUUUCUGUGCGUAAGACUGGCCAGGACUAGCCAUAGCAGCCCAGUGAGUUUAUGACCAGCUCCAAAAAAAAAAAAAAAAAAAACACUUCAUUGGCUGCAUUAAUUCUUAUUGUAUAGAAUGGCCUGAUUUGAUUUGUCCAGCUCAUGGUCAUUAGCAUUAUUGUUCUCCCUGUUACCCUGGACUAGUCGAAUGACUGGUUUAAGGGCACCAAUCUGAUGCGAAUGUACAUGCUGUGCAAGCAAUCAAAUUGCAUAUGAUGUCAGUUAUCAUGAUCAAUGUUUGAGGAAGUAAAAAUAUAUAAAUAAAUCAAAUUUAAAAAUCACCUAAUAUAAGUGCAACUUGGUGUGUGUGCAAAAAAUAAAGAGCUCCAGAAAAAAUUCUAGCCUUUAUUUUUGACUUCUAAAAAAUACUGUAAUUACAAGUUAACACUUCUACUAUUGCUUCUUGGGUAAUUUUAUUAAUCCUGUGUUCUGUACAUAUUUGUAUGUCCUGAUGAGAAUUUUUCUCAUCUGUGUAUUUGAUUUUCUUUCAAAUAUUUGCUGGCAAUCUGGAAUUGUUCUUUUAAUUAAUAAAACACUUUUAUUUUA